CCCUACCACUACCAGUUUUGUUACGUUCUUGCAGUUCGGUGGUAUAUUGAUACUAGAUUUUGUGUAGACCUUGGAUUAUUUUUCAGUCACGCUCUGGUUUUAGGUGUGUUCCUGGCAUUUUUUUAUUUUUUUUAAGGUUGAGCUGUCGUAUACCGGUUCGUGUUGUAGAAUGAUUUGUAAUGGAAAUAAUGACUUCAUUUGCUAUUUGUAACUCGCGUGUUAUUGUAGCUAUAUGACAUAUUUUAUCAUUUUGUUACAAUAAAGGCCUAUCCCUCUUUGUUUCGUCGUCAGUGUGUAUGUAUGUAGUUAAAUCAGCCUAAAAUAUCAUAAAGCAGACUGCAGUUUACAAAAUUGCCAGUGAUGUGGGUGUGUGUGGCAACUGUCUACACGGUAUUGCCACAGUAGUCAAACAGCUAGUUGUGGAAAUAUGCUUGUUUCAAUAUCCUGUCAGUUGGGAAAUAGUUGUCAGGGCUCACACUGGAAUGAAUUUUGUUUUAGCCAUUCUUCAGAUAUGUAGAGCAUUUCCGUGGAAAUUAUUCAAAAUUAGUUAAUUUAAAGAAUAUUUUAUUGCAAAAGCCUAAAUGUUGUAGCCUUUUUGAAUAAAAAUAAGCAAUUGGCUAAUUUGACAGUGGACAGGGUGAGCCCAUUUUUCUUUUCUUUUUUUCAUAAUACUUAUUACGACACUGAACAAAAGUUUAGUUGCCCCUCCAUGUAAUGGUAAUUUUUAUUUCAUUUAUUCAUGUCAUUUAUUGUCUUGUUCGUAUGAAAUUAUGGUUCAAGCAUAUUAUUGUUGUGGACACACUCGUCUCGGCUAUCUGGAUGGUGAUCCAGGGCAGGGAUUGGUGGUUAAUGAGAGUUUCAUGUAGCUGCCUGUACAAUUGGUCCAGCAUGGAGCAAGUGUCGUGGUGAAUGGAUUCAGUAAUAUUCUGUACAAAUAAUACAUACGUUUGGCUACAGUUUGAGUACAGUUAAUUACAUGGAGUGGAAACUGCAAUAUUGAGGUUUGAUGUCCGUUUAAGUAUUUCUUGUAGUUCUAAAAAAUGUACUCAGCCUGUUCUGUGCCAUUGUUCUUUGUAACUUGGUUUGUGGUGGUUACAAAUAAAAUUUGUGUUAUUUGAUACGGGGCAAAUUGUUUUUCAACCAUGGUAUUUAUGCCUUUUAAAACUAAUUUGAAAGUAAUUUAUAUGCCAUUUCUUUUUGAUGUAAUGCUAAAUUCACUUUUCACUAACCAGUUUUGUUAUAGGUCCAGAUAUUUUGAUGUUCUUAUUUGCAUGUACAUCUAUGUCAAGACUACUGUCUACAGAAAACUUGAUGGUAGAUGUUAUAUGAACUUGGGUGAUCAUUUACAUUGAAACAAAUUAUUACAUGUGUAUAUAGUUUUGGGUCUUAAGUUGUGCCACCCCAUAACUGGUAUAUCAAAGGCUGUGGUAUGUGCUGUCCAAUCUGUGGGAUGGUGCAUGUUAAAGAUCCCUUGCUAUUGGAAAAAUGUUUCCAGUUUCAUCUAAACAUAUGAUUCAGAAUUAUAAAUGUAUGCUAUCCGAUAGCUAAUGAUUAAUUAAUCAGUGUGCUGUAGCAGUGCCCUUGAAGAAAACUUUCACUAUCUUUAAGUCAUGCACGUUUUUAUAUUGCACCAGAUUUUUAGUGGACUGUAAAAUUUUCUUUGGCACAGGCAGUGAGUUUAUAGACCUUUUCAGAUAUCAGAAACAGUUUGAAACAAGCAUGUUUUCUUAAUAUACCUGCGUAAAACGUCUGUGAAACCAAACCAAAGUGAAGAACACUACUAAUAGACAUGUCUUUCCUUUCUAGCAUCCAUACGUUGAGCAGAGUGGACACAGCUGGCAACUUUAAUGGCAUAGUAUCAUUAAAGGGUGAUAUUCGAAUCACCUAAGGUGCAAACUCGAAUGAGAUCUUCGACAUACUGGACAUAAAUAGAGAUAGAUAGAUUUCCUCUAUUGCCAGAAUGCACAGUGAAUUUAAAUUUAGUAAUCAAUAUAAGUGGGAAUUGCUAGGGUAAUAACAAAAAAACAAAAAGCUGUAAUUGUCUCCAGUUUGAUUUGUUGAAUUUUUUUUUAAUAGAUACAUAAAUUGUUUAUAUGAGUUGAUAUUUUAAUUUUUAUUCAAAAUACGAACCCAAAUAUUUUACUAUUAUGUGCAUUUCCGAUCAGAAUUUCUUGAUGGGUUGGAUUAGUCUAUUGACAUAAAGCCCUGAUGAUGCUAAUAAUUAAGUGUUUACUCGCAUUAAACAAAAUCUUAUAUUUUAUGUUUUGCUCAAAAUUAGUUUUUGUGCUAUCUGAUUGCUGGCUAAUGUAUGAUCGGGAAUGCACAGUUUAUAGGAUCUUCAAUAGUGUGGAUAUAUAAAGAUUUAUUAAGGCAAUGAACAAAUAUUUCCCUAAAACGUAGCACCAAACAUUCUUAAAUUAUAAUGCAAGCAAGUAAUUGCUGUGAUUAUUGGGCACUUAGAUCGUGUGGAUUGCUAUUGGGUUAGUGGAGGAGAAAAACAGCAGUAUCGAGUUAUGUUCUAAGAACGGUUUAAAUCAAAAUACAUUUGUUAGGCUAAUUAAUAACCAGUCAAAACAAACUGCACUUUUUUAACACAAGAGCACAAGUUAACCUAAAGUUAAUGUUUAGUGUAUAUUGAUGAUCUUUCAUUUCCAUAUCAAAAUAGUUGGGUUGCAAAUGCUUCAGUGUGGUUGGGGUAUCCAAUAAAGGAUACUGUCGGCCAGAGUAAUAUCCCAAAUUAAAUUAAAUAUAUGGGUAACACUAAAUUGAAACCUACUGUUUUUGCCAUUGGAAAAUGAAACCUUUGAUUUGAAGUGGGUUUUUUUUUUUUUUUUUUUAAAUUUUAAAAAGAACCCACCCAUUAUGGCAUCAGAAUACAUAUAAAGGUCUUUUAUGUGCAUUUGCAGGGCUCGAAUUUAACAGUUGCAACUUGCCAUGCAGUAAAUUGCUGCAUUGUUUUAGUCGUAUGCUCCAAUGACCUGAAAAUUAAACAUUCUUACGGUCAAACUGGCCAUAACUUAUUUUGCGUGUUAGUAAUUAGUCAUCUUACACAAACACGACUACUGAAAGUUGUUUUAUUACAAACACAUGAAAUUGUUCGCACUUGUUUAUUUUCAGUGGGUGAUGUGUCAUAUUAAGACACUUGUUGAAGUUUGCCUUGUUGCCCUGCCUUUCAGUGGUAAUGCCCUAAACAAAAUCUCCAUCAGUGGAGGCCAAAUGGCCUUGCCCUCUUAUUUGCUGAAUUCGAGGCUUGCAAGUGAAGGCUUGUUUUGUGUUUCAUCUCGCAGAAACCCUGAUUAAAAGAGACCUGUGUUUAAAUUUUACAUAGCAUCAGCUCGUACACGUAACUUAAUCAUUACUGAUGGAUGAAUAUGUGGGAAUUACAGUUGAAUGUCUAUAGGUUUUUACUUUUUUAAAGAACUCACACACACACGCAAUAAAUUCAUUAUUUUUUUUCUUCCUUUUUUUCAUCAUCUUCGCCAAAAUCUUUCUCUCUUUUUUUUUUAAUGCGAUAGGUAUCUUUUUUUAAAUUGGGUAACUGAUAUCUAGGAUAGGUAGUAACACCCUGUACUCUCAGAAUAUAGUUUAAAAUGCCUGCUUGAAGAUUUUUUAAUUUUUUGGUUAAUGUUGUGAAUGUGACUGAUGCUUUGUGUAGGAGAACUACACUAAUUUGAGACUAAUUUUAGGAUUAGCGAUGUCUUAUUACUCACAGUGAUGUCUGGAGGAUGGAGCUCGAAGAUCCAGCACGUACGUACAUUGUGCGGCAAAACUCCAGACCCCAAGCUGAAUGCAAGAACAUAUGCAGAUGUGAUGACAGAGUUACAGCUGGGAAAAGAACAGGCUGGACUACGCAAACAGAUGUCUGAAAAGGCCAAGGCAGGAGAACUGCGUGCUGUGAAUGGCGCUGGUGGAGACUCCAGCCAGAAGGUGCCAGAGAGGAAACGAAAGCGAUGGGACAUGAGCAAGCAGGAUGAGGCUCCGGCCAAGAAGAAAUCGUCAUCGUGGGAUGCCGCCGAGGCUGGCACACCGUCUAACAGUAGGUGGGACGAGACACCGGGGAGGUCUAAGGGGGAGCAGACCCCUGGAGCCACCCCUGGUGGCAGCCAAAGACAGUGGGACACUACUCCCGGCCACGCCACGCCCGGAAUGGCCACGCCCGUUCGUAGUGAUGGCACACCCGGUCAUCAGCCAACACCGAGCGCUAGGAGAAAUAGAUGGGAUGAAACGCCUCGCACAGAAAGAGAAACGCCGGGUCAUGCUACUCCUGGGCAUGGCACACCGGGGCAUGGCAGCGGCUGGGCAGAGACCCCGAGGACAGACCGUGGUGGGGAUCUGAUAGAGAGCACACCCACCCCUUCUGCCAGCAAGAGACGAUCACGCUGGGACGAGACGCCCGGCUCAUCCACCCCAAGUGCAAUGACUCCCUCGAUGACACCCGGAGGUGGGGCUACCCCGAGUUUGACUCCAGGGGGCCACACGCCUGGUGGUCACACCCCUAGUCAGAUGACCCCGGGUGGGUUGACCCCAGGGGGAUUUACUCCCGGAGGAUUCACACCAAGUGGAACCACCCCGACUGGUGUUAAGGCUAUGAAUAUGGCCACACCCACUCCUGGUCACCUGAUGUCUAUGACGCCCGAACAGCUGCAGGCGUACACCUGGCAGAGAGAAAUUGACGAAAGAAAUAGACCUAUGGGAGACGAUGAACUCGACAGCAUGUUUCCACCGGGAUAUAAGGUUCUCCAACCUCCUGCAGGAUAUGUUCCAAUCCGAACUCCAGCUCGUAAACUAAUAGCCACACCGACUCCAAUGGCUGGGACACCUGCGGGCUUCCGUAUGCAAACUCCAGACAGAAAGACGGAAAUUGUAGACAUGCAGCCUAAAGGCAACCUGCCCAUGAUGAAGCCUGACGACAUGCAGUACUUUGAUAAACUGCUAGUUGAUGUAGACGAAGAGACGUUGACUCCAGAAGAACAGAAGGAAAGAAAGAUCAUGAAGCUGUUGCUUAAAAUCAAGAACGGAACACCUCCAAUGAGAAAAGCAGCCCUCAGGCAGAUCACAGACAAGGCUCGGGAUUUUGGUGCUGGACCUUUGUUCAAUCAGAUCCUGCCACUCUUGAUGUCCCCGACUCUUGAAGAUCAGGAGCGCCAUCUGUUGGUCAAGGUCAUUGACCGAAUUCUCUACAAGCUUGACGACUUGGUGCGUCCAUACGUCCACAAGAUACUAGUCGUCAUUGAGCCGCUGUUGAUUGACGAAGAUUAUUACGCUCGUGUUGAGGGCAGAGAAAUCAUCUCUAAUUUGGCCAAGGCUGCGGGUCUUGCGACUAUGAUUUCGACGAUGAGACCAGACAUUGACAACAUGGACGAGUACGUCCGUAACACGACGGCCCGUGCGUUCGCUGUCGUCGCGUCCGCCCUGGGAAUCCCGUCUCUCCUGCCCUUCCUGAAGGCCGUGUGUAAGAGCAAGAAGUCGUGGCAGGCCAGGCACACUGGCAUCAAGAUUGUACAGCAGAUCGCCAUCCUCAUGGGCUGUGCCAUUCUACCCCAUUUGAAGAACUUGGUGGAAAUUAUUGAACAUGGUCUGGUUGAUGAGCAGCAGAAGGUACGAACUAUCACUGCGUUAGCUCUGGCUGCCUUGGCCGAAGCUGCUACACCGUACGGUAUCGAGUCCUUUGACAGUGUGCUCAAACCUCUGUGGAAGGGCAUCAGACAGCAUAGAGGAAAGGGUUUGGCAGCUUUCUUGAAGGCUAUCGGUUACCUGAUUCCGUUGAUGGAUGCCGAGUAUGCUAACUACUACACGAGGGAAGUGAUGUUGAUCCUCAUCCGAGAGUUCCAGUCUCCCGACGAGGAAAUGAAGAAAAUAGUCCUGAAGGUGGUGAAGCAGUGUUGUGCAACAGAUGGUGUUGAGCCACAGUACAUCAAAGAUGAAAUCCUGCCAGCUUUCUUUAAACAUUUCUGGAACCAAAGAAUGGCUUUGGAUCGUAGGAAUUAUCGACAGCUGGUGGACACGACUGUAGAGAUAGCCAACAAGGUGGGCGCGGCGGAGAUCGUGGGCCGCGUGGUGGAUGAUCUGAAGGAUGAGGCGGAGCAGUACCGGAAGAUGGUAAUGGAGACCAUCGAGAAGAUCGUCGCAAACCUCGGCGCAGCUGACAUCGACUCGCGGCUCGAGGAGCAGCUCAUAGACGGAAUACUGUACGCCUUCCAGGAGCAGACCACAGAGGAUGUGGUUAUGCUGAAUGGUUUUGGUACUGUGAUCAACGCACUCGGUAAGCGGGUGAAGCCGUACCUGCCACAGAUCUGUGGUACGAUCCUGUGGCGUCUCAACAACAAGUCGGCUAAAGUGAGACAGCAGGCCGCGGAUCUCAUAUCAAGGAUUGCCAUUGUCAUGAAGACAUGCCAGGAGGAGAAGCUGAUGGGUCACCUGGGUGUGGUCUUGUACGAGUAUCUGGGAGAGGAGUACCCGGAGGUUCUGGGUUCAAUCCUCGGGGCUCUGAAGGGCAUCGUCAAUGUGAUCGGUAUGACGAAGAUGACGCCGCCCAUCAAGGAUCUCCUGCCUCGACUUACACCCAUCUUAAAAAACAGACAUGAGAAAGUCCAGGAGAACUGCAUUGAUCUGGUUGGUCGAAUCGCUGACCGGGGUGCGGAGUUCGUGUCAGCAAGGGAAUGGAUGAGGAUCUGUUUCGAACUGCUGGAACUUCUCAAGGCCCACAAGAAGGCCAUCAGGAGGGCGACCGUUAACACAUUCGGUUACAUCGCUAAGGCCAUCGGCCCACAUGAUGUGCUUGCUACGUUGUUGAAUAACUUGAAGGUACAAGAACGUCAGAACCGUGUGUGUACGACGGUCGCUAUCGCCAUCGUCGCCGAGACAUGUUCGCCGUUUACUGUUCUCCCAGCUCUGAUGAACGAGUACCGGGUUCCUGAACUGAAUGUGCAGAACGGGGUCCUCAAGUCUCUGUCAUUCAUGUUCGAAUACAUCGGGGAGAUGGGCAAAGAUUACAUCUAUGCUGUUUCACCUCUCUUUGAAGAUGCUCUUAUGGACAGAGAUCUUGUGCACAGACAGACAUCAAUGGCAGCUAUUCAACACAUGGCUCUGGGCGUGUACGGUUUCGGCUGUGAGGAUGCCCUGACCCACUUGUUGAAUUACGUGUGGCCCAACAUCUUCGAGUCAUCGCCGCAUGUUGUGCAGGCUUUUAUGGGAGCCAUCGAGGGUCUCAGGGUCGCAAUUGGUCCGUCAAAGAUUUUACAAUACGCCUUACAGGGUUUAUUCCACCCGGCCCGUAAAGUGCGUGACGUUUACUGGAAGGUUUACAACACGGUAUAUAUUGGAGCACAGGAUGGCAUGAUUCCGGCAUACCCACGCAUAUCCAAUGAUGCUAAAAAUCAGUACAUUCGAUACGAAUUGGACUAUGUCUUGUGAAAAUAAGGGAUUUUUUUUUUAAUUUAAUUUUUUUUUCCAGUCUUUUAAAAACAGUUUGUUAAAGAUACAAAUUAUGAUAUCUUUUACCAACAGUGUUUCAAGUUGCUUUUUGGUAUAUCAAAAUUUAUUUCUUGUAUAUCCAUGACAACUUGUUCAAAAACAAAAUUAAGUUUUUCCCGUGAUUUCGGAUGACGAAUAUACUUUGUAACUUCAGUUCACAGAUUCAUCUGGGUACAUUACAACAUCUAGGGGUAGAAUCUUUUUCUUUUUCUUUUUCUUUUAAAUAAAACAAGCAGGGUUGAAAUGAAUUGGAGACUUGUGAUCUAUAUUGAAUUUGUGAUACACUUAUGUUUGAUACUUUUAUUCAUAAAUGUCACAUUGUUUCAAAAGUAAGUUAAAUUGCAUAUGUUUAAAUACACUUAAAAUUGAUGACAGUCACUUUUCACACCCUUGUUUUGGCUUAGUACACAAUAAAUAUAGCAUAUUUUAUCAUAAUUUCACUUGAAAUCCAUAUUUCGUAAAAGGUAAAAAAAAAAUGAUCACAAGAUU